CUUCUUUUUUCCUUUUACAAAGCUUCGUGGUAGAGCAGGAAGGCAAGGAGAUCCUGGAUCAACACGGUUCAUGGUCAGUUUGCAGGAUGAMAUGUUUCAAAAGUUCAACUUUGACACUGAAUGGGCUGUGAAACUCAUAUCAAGGAUUACUAAUGACGAGGAUGUACCAAUUGAAGGUGAUUCAAUUGUUGGACAGCUUCUGUCUCUUCAAGUUUCCACAGAAAAGUAUUUCUUCAACAUAAGAAAGAGCCUUGUAGAGUUUGAUGAAGUGCUAGAGGUGCAAAGGAAGCAUGUUUAUGAUCUUCGUCAGAUAAUUUUAACURGYGAUUCUGAGAGUUGUUCACAUCACAUUCUCCAGUACAUGCAAGCAGUUGUAGAUGAACUUGUUUUGGGAAAUGUUGAUCCGUUGAAGCAUCCAAGCAGCUGGAACUUAGACGAACUCUUAAAGGAUUUCGUUGCAGUUUCUGGGAAGAUAUUGGAUGAGUCAUGUACAGGAAUUACGGUGGAAUCUUUGAUGCGAUCACUUGCUAAUGUUAAUGAAUCAAGUGAUAAUGAAUUGUGUCUUCCAAAUUUACCUCAACCUCUGAAUGCUUUUAGAGGUAUACGUAAAAGGACUUCUUCAUUGAAGCGCUGGCUAGCCAUAUGCUCGGAUGAUUCGCUCAAAGAUGGAAGAUAUCGAGUUACUGCUAAUCUUCUGCGCAAGUACCUUGGUGAUUUAUUAAUCGCUUCAUAUACAAACACCAUUCAAGAAUCUGGUUAUGCUGAAGAAUAUGUAAAAGAAAUUGAGAGAGCGGUUCUUGUGAAGUCCCUAGAUUGUUUUUGGAGGGAUCAUCUUGUAAACAUGAACAGACUAAAUUCAGCGGUGAAUGUAAGGAGCUUUGGGCACAGGGAUCCGCUGGAAGAAUACAAAAUAGAUGGUUGUCGGUUUUUCAUCUCGAUGCUUAGCGCAACUCGGAGGUUGACUGUGGAAUCACUUUUGAGGUACUGGUCAUCUCCCAUGGAGUCCCAAGAAUUAUAUGCAUCAUAGAAUUAAAAGAUGAUAUGUAUGAAAACUAUAGAUUCCUGUAUUGGUCUUAUGUUGCAAUUUAUUGUAGAAUCAGGGUUUUAUCAUUUAUAGACUUUAAUUGUUUAAAUCUUCUCAAACUAAUGUGUUUGAUGAAACAAUC